AUGUCUGCGAAGUCACUCGGGAGUGAUGUCAAUUACAGCACCAUUGCUGAUGAGGUUAACGACAAGGAAGAAAAUCAUUAUGAAGAAAUUGACCAGCCAUCGACUAGCACUGGGAUUCGUGAAGUCGAAAAUCCGUACAGUACCAUAGGACCAAAGAGAAGGAAACCAAAAAUAACUAAAAUCACGGACGAUGCCGUUCCAUCGACAUCGGGAUGGUAUCCAGUGGUGGUUUCACUUGGUGAAGCUGAUCAGCCAAAAGCAGCGUCCAUCAGUAAAGCGCCUGACGAGCGAGCAAGUGGAGCAGAUAUAAAAGUGGAAAUCACCAAAUUCCUGGAGGAACUGAUCGAAAAACAUCCGGAGACUCUGGAUGUAAUCGAGAAUGUACCAGGGCGCCAUCAAGACGUCGAUCGUCUUCGUCUUCUGUGGCUGGCUUGUCAGAUAUGGCCCUACGCGAUGGAACCCAUGUUGCGGCUGGACAUGAGGACACUUCACAAGGCGCUGUUCACUCUUUCCAAGACAAUGACGGAAUGUGGUGGACGUACGCUUUUCGAUGAGCAUGGGGUGGGUACGGCUCAACCCCUGGGAUCUGGACGAGCACUAAUGGAAUUACUUCAAAGCACCCAGGAUGCUCCAACCGGAAGAAGCCGACUCGAUGUUCUACCCGAAUCAGCGUAUGCAAGCAGUGAUGAGGAUGGUGAACCGUGCUCGUCGCGAAACGCUGCGACUCUGCCAGGACUGAGCGUAGGAAGUACAAGGAGAGAACGAGCCCUGUCCUCAUCUAGCAACGAAAGCUAUACAUACAUUCCGCAGCUGCCAACUACCGUAUUUCACGCACCUACAGGGACUGGAGCAAGCCGUGCGAGUACACGCCGCCAAAUGGUAUCGUUCGCCAAUGUUGCUUCUCGUCUAAGAGCAGCUGUUCGUCAGAGCGAUGGCCUAGCCAUUGGGACAGAUGGGCUGGAAUCGUCGGCUUCUCAACUCACGCGCAGCAUACUUGACCGCCGGGAUCUCAGACCAAGAGAGGAUAGUGGGCCGCCAUUCCAGGAGAACUUCCUAGCUCGUCUGGACUCGGGCUCAUCAGCUGGAGGCGGAAUGUCGUCACGGUUCCGCUUCCUGUCCGAAUUAGGAUUGGCUGUUCUGCCCACUGCUGGGACGAAUCCAAUCCCACUUGAUUACAAUUCUCCUCCUGCCCGUCGAACAUCGUCAGUGAAAAAGAGUUACUACUACAAAAUGAAAGUUUUUCCGAAGACGAACAAGAGUUUCAAAUUAAAGCUCGAUCGCCUUUCUGUGUCGGCUCUGUUCGAUCGGAAUCGUUCUGCUCUUUCUUGUGCCUUUGAUGUACUGCUAGCUUGCUUGGUGUCAUUCCUCGCAGGCCUCGUCCUGGCAACUGGAAUUUACUUCGACAUUUGGCUAUUCUUGCUCGCUUUCACAGUAGCUGGCGCUCAUUUUUCGCUGCUGAAAAGUGUACAACCCGAUGCAUCGUCGCCAAUUCAUGGUUUCAACUGGCUGGUAUCCUACAGUCGUCCGGUAUACUUUUGUAUAGGUGCCGCGAUAGUGCUCACUCUGCAUCAUUUCGCUGACGAUCCAGGCUAUGAUAAAAUUCCAUGGAAUUGGAAUCCGUACAGACUGUACGAAACAUCGGGUGAAAUGAUACUGCUUGCAUUCCGAGACCUCUUCGCUACGUUCCUCGUAAUGCUCCCCUUUGCUUUCACUAUGGGAUGGUUACCACAGGUCAACACAUUGGCUCAUCAUAUUCUUGAACAGCUGGAAAUGCACAUUCUUCGGUGGUACAGCAUCGUUAGGAGUGCUAUCAGCCCUUAUCCAAAUCAUAAAAAAUGUCAUUUGGCACACUCGGUUGAUCCAACUACGACCCAGACACCGGCAUUUUCCGCGUUUCUCGCUGUUGCUGUCGCAACUUCGUAUUUGCUCAGCCGGUUCUCGUCCAAUCCACAGCUGUUUGUGAUUCUUUGCCGCGCUACAGUAGCUCCCAAUCAGCCCUCAAAUGGUACAGGUAGUAGUAGUCGGCUCUGUUGUGCAGCGUCAGGAGAACAAAGCGAGGAUGAUAGAAUUAAAGAUACAGAUGAACUUGACGUCACUGACCCGUUACCAGCACGUCUUCGUGAAGCAAUCGUCCUCCGAGCACGUCAUGAUGUUCUCUUUUCGGCAUUUCUGUCCCUUCUUUGUGUUCGCCUUACAUUCGACAUCCCUGUUCACGGCGACGCAGCCUUACUUCACGUUGUUAUCCCUAUCUGCAUAGCUUUUGGUAUAAUGAAUCACUAUCUCUAUGAGCAGCUCAGAACGCACACGCCUUGGAAAUUGAUUGCAAAACCCAUUCUCCACUCGCACGAGUACACGCAGUUCGAGAGCCCUGAUGAAGCUAAAUUAAUGAAUUUCGAGAUUAUUCAUGUAUGGAUGUUGGCGAUAGAGAAGAACCUUGUAUGUAUUUUAGACAUUUUUUGUGCUGAUCAAUAA